AAGCUUCAGCUACUUCGUUGGAGAACCAGCGAAAUCACAAAAUUUUAGUAGUAAUAAGCACUUUACACGUAUUGGCUAUCAGUAAUAUGAUUAGUUAAUUAAUUUGCAAUUUGUUUUAUAUAUUAUAUGUGUUGGAUGAGGUUUCCAAAGGGGGCUUCCGCAGGUUUUCCUUUUCCGGUUGCGACUGCUUACCUCGGCUGCUGGUAAGCGACUGAAUUGAUUGUUAUUUCCGCUGACGACUUGACACGCACUUUCAGGUGCAAAAGUGAUCGUGGCAGGACCCGUUGCUAAGGAUUUGUUGAUUUUUCACCUGAAAUCCUUCAGGGCCCAGUGCCUACUGUUUGUUAUUUCCCCUGUGCCAUAAAACGCGUUGUCAAGUUGGUUGCUAAGUAAAUGACCAUUUGUUGCGCCUAAUUCCGUUUAAUGGCUGAAAGCUCGCCGUUUUCAAAUUAAGUUCCUUUGAUUGGCACACUUUGCUUUGAUUGAUUGUGUGCUAAUUGAUUAAGUGUAUAUGCACAUUAGUCAAUGAAUAUUAAUUGUGGCUUAGUAUUGUGUGAAUAUAUCGAAGAGGACGUGAUUUUGCUAUGGAAAUGUAAUUGUAAUGUAAUUGAAAUCUUUUGAAAGUUUGCAAACAAAACGACAAUAAUGUUUACGCAAGUUAUGUCGAUGUACACUCAACUCUUGCAUUUGACCUUUAAUAAAUGCAAAAUUGGGUGUCCAAAUCGAUAGGUAAAUUAUGUACACUUGACUCCUUCAUUUUACCUCCAUUGAAAAAUUAGAUGUCAGAAUACAAUUUGAAUCUGCAACAUGCACCUCACUGAACACGCAAAAGACUAAAAAAGGCAAUCAAGCACCUGUCCGCGAAUGGUUGGGAUAAAUGAUUUCCAAGCACGGCAAGAACUGUUGCUUCAGAAUCGCAACAGUUGGCCAGGGGAAAGCCUCAGGUAACACCAUCCAGGUAAAUCAUUCUUAGUUCCCAUAAUUUGUAACCCCUUGUUAUGGAAACUCGAAGCGCAAGCGCGAUUAACAGGUGGUUGUCAACAAAAAAAGUCACCUGUUGCCACGAUAGCAACAAGGUGCAUAAAUAUGCCUAGAGAGCAACAGAUAAUUGCAUGACUUCCGGGUGUAAAAGUUUUUCCACUUUUCCAUUUCCACCUGAGAUUGAACAAGGCCUAGGUCGCGGAAUGUGUCUCGUGCUUUGGGUGUUGUGUGAUGGGUGAUGGUUCACUGAAAUCCAGACCCCAAAAACCGCACCACGUUUAUGCAAGCAGCCAGCCAAGCCUGAAAAUCAAUAAGCUUAUAAACGGAAGCCAGAGUCGGUGGCUCCAACCAGUUGAUUGGCAACCAUGUGGCAGUUGGCAUUGGGACUGGGUCUACUCCAGCAGCUCAGUGUAGCCAUCGUGGUGGAGCGCAACAUGUUCGCCUACUACAAGGUGCCAGCUGCUCAGUUACUGUUUGCCCAUGACUCUGACCCGGACUUCGACUCCCACUCCCAGGAAAUCAGCACUCUGGAUGGAGGCCAGCUCAGCGAUUUGUACUAUGUACUGCAGUGUCCACCAAAGCUCGAUGGAGGCAUUCCCAAGGCGCGGGACAUGCAAACCUGCAGCGUGGUGGACCAGUACCAAGACAUGUGGAAAAAAAGUCCGAAGAAGCCAAAGCCCAAAAAGCACUUUCACAUGGUCCCAUUCCGGAUAGUUCUGCGUCCAUUAGGACCGCCGGCCAGGAGACGCAGUCUAAAGCGUCGUAAACGCCAGGAAAAAGUUCGCAAAGCGCCGGAUAAUAGAACUCCAGUUGAUCGGGCUGCUUCGAAAGUGAAGAUGGAGGAGGUGACUAGUCCCCUUCAAUUCCUGGGACGCACCCACAAACGGCAGAAGCUUCUGAAGCUGUAUGCUGACCAUCGAAAGUCCAAGCGAGGCACCAGUUCCAAAGCUCUUCAACAUAUGUACCACCGCGAUGAGUCAUACAACGAUCAUAUAUUCUACGACGAGCUUCAGGAAGACGGUGAGUUCCACAAGCUCGGCAAAGAAAAAUCGAAUUAAAUGCAUUUAUUGCAUUAUUGGGAGAUCAGAUAUUGGAUAUCAGAGCGGGCUGAAAUAUUUAACUAAAUAAACUUUGUGGGAUGCAAUAAAAAGCUUCACGUGUAUUGGGGAUUCGGGAUUCUGGGUUCUACAAACCUUAAACAUAAAAACAUAUUAUUAAUAUUGCACUGUAAAGAAAAACAUCAAUAGAUAUGUUGCUAAUAUUGAGAUGUACUAAAAGAUCAAAUGAUAUAUUUGCAGCAUAUUUACAGGUUGUCUUCUCUGAACCCCAACUUUAGUUCAAUCCUACCUAGUUAGGCGGUGGUACUAGGACCGCGACCGAAUGUCUACGUAAGGAAGAAACAUAUCAUCGUAGGCUACGUUCUCGAACACCCUGUUUAGCAGGACAGUGAAGGCUUUGGUGAAGGCUUUGACUAGGCCGGGCUGCAACUCAUUCCAGAACUCCACCCAGUUAUCGUUGAACACCUUGUUCAUGAAAAUGGUUAUGUCCGUGUUUUCCUUGUACAGCCCAUCCAACCAAAUGAUCCAUCUAGAAGUUGGAGUAGAAGGUAAAUCAGGGAUCUCUGGCCAUUUGCCAUCCAAUUACCGAUCCAAGUCGAGGCUGGGCACCAGACUGUAAACCUUUAGGUAGCGCUUGUCAUUCCUGUACUCCACCAACGUCUUGAUGGUCAAGGUAAUCCGGAAGUUCUGAAAGUCGGAUUGCAACGUCCCAGUGGUGUUGUAGGUGAAUAAUAAAAUCCUGCCACUCAUGUCGUAGGUGGCCUCAUGCAGGAGGCGUGGCAAACGGACCUUCAGCACAAUUUGCUUUUCAUUGGGCUCGUACAGGAAGCCCUCGACGUGGGUGAUUGUGGCAUUAUUGAAUCCCUUGUUCACGUUGUUCCGUAUUUGAAAGUCUAUCCAGAUGGGACCGCGACCGGGGGAUUCCAAAAUGAUGGAAUCGGAAAAGUUAUAGGCGUCCAGCGGCGGGAGUCCUAUCUCUGGGAUGCCCUUGGGCUAGUGACGAAUCAAGGCAUUGAUACUUCUGACCAGGCAACUUGAGUCUCCGAAGUGGCACUUCUCAACAUCUUCGGCUGGAAAUGUUUACCUCGGUUAAAAUCAGAUAAACUUGGCACUGGACACCCACGCACGUAAGCUUGCUCCCGAGAUUAUAACUGGAAUGCACCAACACAAGAAAGCCACCAAAAUCAACUUGUCCAUUGCAAUAGCGUAAUUCAACUGACUGUGAAACAAUAAACGCUUCGGUCACGAAAUAGUAAACUGAACUCGAAUGCUUAGAACCUGAUCUAAGGGGAGCUUUUCAACUAUCAACAAUAAAGAAUGUAAUUCUAAUUCAUAGCUGCAACCGGUUUCAAGCAAUAUUCAUCUUUGUCCUUUCAAGUCUCUAAUAAAACAGCUUUAAUAACC